CUCCAGUGUCUGAGCAUCAGAUGCAGAUUUGAUGGCUACCCGACGACCUCCAUACUGCCCUGUCCUUCACCCUUUCUUUGUAAGCCUUCCACUUCCUUGCCCUUGGUAAUUAUAGAUAUAACUCUCAAUUUUCAUCGAAUUCGAAUCGGAAUUGUCUGAAGCUUGAAUAUUUUUUCACUUUCGGACUAGCAACUACCACAACCUCGUAUUACACCAGUUAGCCUAUCAUGAUAGCAUUGUAAAUUUUUAUUUUCAUCAGUUAUUUUAUUUAUUAUCUUCACGACCUGUAGCUGUAACGUUAUUGUCAUUUUGAUGAAACAGGAUGUCGAAGUCCACUAAUCCUAAUGGUCGUGCGACUGACGUCAGUCCUGAUGUUAGUCCCGCGAGCAGCAGUACGUGUACGUCGCCACUUGGAGCACCAUGCAAAGGCGAAGGUAGUGUGAUGUUUACUUCCGCGGACUAUUUCUUCGAUUCCUAUCGCGGAUCUUCCGUGUUUGAGUGCAUCUUGAAGGAUGAAAAGCUGAAUAGCGCUUAUUCUUAUGCGAUUCGACGGAACGAGCAUCUUUUCACGGACAAGAUUGUUCUCGAUGUCGGUUGCGGCUUUGGUCAGCUAUCCAUGCUUGCGCUGGAUGCAGGGGCAGCAGCCGUCGUGGCAGUGGAGCAGUCACCUGAGGUUGUCCAAGUGGCCGCCGACAUAGCCAAGAAGAACGGCUCUCAACCACGCUUCUGGGGAAGAGGUUGUGAAAAUCGCGACACAGUACCCGAAAAUAGAGAGGUCGAGGGCCAGGCUAGUACAACAAGCGGCUGCCCUAAGCCUAACUUGAAUCAACAUGAUGGCUGCAAGCUCCAUUUCGUGACGGGUAGUCUGCGACAGCCGGGCACUCAGCAGGCGGUACAGAAUGCGCUCAAGGCUCUAGGAAGUGCUCAAGCUCAUGUAGAUAUCAUUCUUUCGAUACCCUUUGGAUAUUGCCUCUUUUUCGAGAGUCGUUUGCAGGACGUCUGCCUUGCUCGGGACUUGUUUCUGAACAAGAAGACGGGAUUGUUGAUACCUGAUCACGUUGAGUUGCAGGUACGAGCCGUGGUAUCCGCAGAUGAGUGGAGCACACCAACUUCUUGGAGACGAGGAGCCGCGGAUGGUAACGGAAAGGACGACCAUCGACACCAAGAAGCCGCAGAAUGCCAUGGUGACGAGGCUAUCGAAUACGAUGAAGACCAUGGUGCUGAAGACGACGGAUGGGAGCUAGAAUGGGACAACCAACCUAGGAGGCGGAGACAUUGGUGGCGGCGGCAGGCUAAAAGCGAUAUUGACGAAGAUCAUUAUAACGCUAGAAGCGCGGGAAAGUCUUUGUCAAGUAAGCGGCGACGCAAGAGCUGUGGUAACGUGGAUGCGCAGAUGUCAGCAACUCUACGUGAAGAUACCGCCAGCAUUGCGUAUGAAGGAAACGCGUGUGGCCGCGCAUCUUCAACAUCAGAUUCGUAUAAUCACAGCGACUUUCAUUACGAUACUCGAGCAAACGCCCCAGAUUUGUCUAGCUUUUAUGGUUUUGACUUUUCGCCAUUACAGCGGGUUGCGUUGCGGGAGCCACUGCACUCGAAUGCACUCUCCUCUGAAGCUGCUGUAUGGUCCGAUCCAGCGACCACUGUAACCAGCUUGAAUUUUUACACCAUGGACCGCGAUUCAGCUCGGGGAAAUUUCGCGACCGAGAUUUUUCUACGCCGUGGACGGCAAGAACAAGAUGAAGGUACAGAAGACGACGACUGUGAAGAAGAUCCGUACUGGGUCGACGCCUUAGCUUUUACCUUCAGGUUAGAGUUUUUUCAGUCGUCCACAGACUUGGCGUUUCAGUGCGAUACCUACGAUACGAGUGCCGUGCCCAGUUGCUACCGUCAAACUUACUUUUCCUUGCUGAAGCCCCUUCCUGCAUACCGGGACUCAGCUUUCAGAGUGCUCUUGCACGCCGUAAAUCGUCCUGAUAAGCGCGACCUGCAUUUCAAGUUGGGGAUUUUGGAGGAUCUUUCCAGCUGCAAUCUCACUUCAAGUAUUGCUCAAGCUGGACAAACUCAUGCUGUUGCGAAGAAAACCAAAAGGAAUAGCAGUGGAAGCCACUACGAUUCGUCCUCGAGCGAAAAGGAGGACCAAGAAGAGGGGCUCUCUCAGCAACGAAAAGAUGCGAAGCAACUAUCUUUUAGAGCGCAUCAGCAACAGCUUCCCCGCUUACAAUACUUCGAUUUGACGUCAUGAACACUAAUUAUAGAUACUGAUUUAGCUUCUUCUUUUAUUAAAAAAGAGUUCUGGCUGUACUGGUUCGUCACUCAAGGAUGUGUACUAGGUUCUUCAAGGAUGCACACCUUCACCUAUGCAUUGUUUUUUUUUUACCCACGUGAUUCAUGUUUGACACGUCGACAUCGAUGACAUUGGAUGGGUUCUUGUCGUCGUCUACAAUUCCUGUGUUUACAAGUAAAUGAUCAAACACCGAUGCCGCUUAC